AUGGCCACGAAGAUAAAAGGUCUUAUCCUCCAGGCAAUCGAAGAAGUAACUGCGCCGACGAGCAACAGUCUUAUCAAGUGCAUAGAGACCAUGGCAGAGCACCAGAACACUUCUGCCGAUAUACCUGGGAAGAUCGAUGCUGUCAGGGCAGCCAAUGCCGAUGUCCAGCGAAUGACGGAGUUACUUAGUAACAUUAAGGUAUCAAGUCAACAACAGGCCGAGGCAUUCAAAUCCGAGGGAGUAGCAAUCAACAAGCUGCUCCCGGCAAUUCAAGAUUACCAUGACGAUAUCGACAGGCUGAAGCAGCACGCUAGCGAUGUUGAAGAUUACCUUGGUCUUCAAGCUGCUCAUCAGAUCGAUGGGCUGCUGAUACGCCCAACAGCAGUGAGAGCAAGGAGUAUAUUGCCCGCAUGUGUUUAUUGGUGUUCUUUACCUUUGUGCCCUUGGGCCUGA